AUGUCUCAGGUUAAACACUCGGAGCUCAGCUUCAUCAUCAUCAUCAUCAUCUGCUUCAUCCUGAACUUGCUGCCCCCCCACCCUGUGGAGUCUGUGAACUGCUCAGAGCCGACCGCCCAGGCCUUGCUGACCGCUCUGAAGGACACUGUGCUCUACAGAACUGAAGUUCGGCCCGUGAUCAGCCUGCAGACCCCCACAGUGAUCACCCUCGACUUCUAUAUCUAUGGCAUUUUAGGAGUCGUCAGUGUGUGUGUGUGUGUGAGGGGGUUGUAUGAGUGUUAUAAUGUGUUGUGUGUGCAGUCCUGGAAUGUGGAGGGUCUGAGUUGGGACCCCUCUGAGUGCGGAACCGAGCGGAUCUCACUGCCCAGAACUUCAGUGUGGAUCCCUGACAUCGUCAUUAAUGAGUUUAUGGAUGAAAACAAAGUUCCAGCGACGUUUUACGUCUACGUGAACCACACAGGCCAUGUGACGGACGCUCUGCCCUUCCAUGUGAUCAGCUCGUGUAAUCUGGACAUCUACACGUUUCCCUUCGACAUCCAGAACUGCUCCUACACCUUCAACUCCUACCUGCACACCAUGUCUGAUGUCCAGUUAUCUUUCGCUGAUGCUGCGCUGAACGUAUUUGAGAAUUCUCUGGAAACCCUAGGAACGAACGGAGAGUGGGAGCUGAUUGGAAUCAUUCCUGAAAAGUUGGAAGUGGAUGUAAACCUCAGCCUUCAGGAUCAGUGGGACGGCCUCGUCUUCCAUAUAGUUCUGAGGCGGAAGGCGGCCGUGUAUGUGGUGAACCUGCUGCUGCCCAGCUGCUUCCUCGUCGCUCUGGACGUCUUCAGCUUCCUGCUGCCCCUUCAGCACGUGGACCGCUCGACCUUCAAGAUGACCCUCAUCCUGGGCUACACCGUCUUCCUGCUGCUGAUGAACGACCUGCUGCCCGUCACAGGAAACAACAUCCCGCUCAUCAAUGUGUUUUUCUCGGUGUGUUUGGCGCUGAUGGUGGGGAGUCUAUUAGAGACGAUAUUAGUGACUAACCUGCUGUCCAGUUCUGCUGGUUACCCGCGGUUACCGCUCUGGCUCAAAGUUCUGCUGCAGUGCGGCGCUCGGCUCGUCUGCCUGAAUAAAAACUCCAAACCUGACGGUAAAAACAGUGACACAGAGAGGGCCGAUCCAGAGCUGCUGCAGGAACUGAGGAACGUGAGCAGAGAUUUGUUCUCCAUCCGGCUGAAGGUGGAGGAUCACCUGAAGACGGAUGAGCGAACAGAGGAGUGGAUUCAUCUGGGCCUGGUCAUCGACCGGAUGCUCUUCAUCCUCUACUUCAUCUUCAUCACCAUCAGCUUCAUCAUCAUCCUCAUCCUGUGGCUGAGCUGGUACAGAAAACACAGCCAAACAUAG